AUGUUUACAGAGGGCAGCAAGGACAGGCAACAGAGAAAUGUUUACAGAGGGCAUCAAGGACAGGCAACAGAGAAAUGUUUACAGAGGGCAGCAAGGACAGGCAACAGAGAAAUGUUUACAGAGGGCAGCAAGGCGACAGAGAAAUGUUUACAGAGGGCAGCAAGGGCAGGCAACAGAGAAAUGUUUACAGAGGGCAGCAAGGACAGGCAACAGAGAAAUGUUUACAGAGGGCAUCAAGGACAGGCAACAGAGAAAUGUUUACAGAGGGCAGCAAGGACAGGCAACAGAGAAAUGUUUACAGAGGUCAGCAAGGACAGGCAACAGAGAAAUGUUUACAGAGGUCAGCAAGGACAGGCGACAGAGAAAUGUUUACAGAGGGCAGCAAGGACAGGCAACAGAGAAAUGUUUACAGAGGUCAGCAAGGCGACAGAGAAAUGUUUACAGAGGUCAGCAAGGCGACAGAGAAAUGUUUACAGAGGUCAGCAAGGCGACAGAGAAAUGUUUACAGAGGUCAGCAAGGCGACAGAGAAAUGUUUACAGAGGUCAGCAAGGCGACAGAGAAAUGUUUACAGUGGGCAGCAAGGACAGGCAACAGAGAAAUGUUUACAGAGGUCAGCAAGGACAGGCAACAGAGAAAUGUUUACAGUGGGCAGCAAGGACAGGCAACAGAGAAAUGUUUACAGAGGUCAGCAAGGACAGGCAACAGAGAAAUGUUUACAGAGGGCAGCAAGGACAGGCAACAGAGAAAUGUUUACAGAGGUCAGCAAGGCGACAGAGAAAUGUUUACAGUGGGCAGCAAGGACAGGCAACAGAGAAAUGUUUACAGAGGGCAUCAAGGACAGGCAACAGAGAAAUGUUUACAGAGGGCAGCAAGGACAGGCAACAGAGAAAUGUUUACAGAGGUCAGCAAGGACAGGCGACAGAGAAAUGUUUACAGAGGUCAGCAAGGACAGGCGACAGAGAAAUGUUUACAGAGGUCAGCAAGGCGACAGAGAAAUGUUUACAGAGGUCAGCAAGGCGACAGAGAAAUGUUUACAGAGGUCAGCAAGGCGACAGAGAAAUGUUUACAGAGGUCAGCAAGGCGACAGAGAAAUGUUUACAGAGGUCAGCAAGGCGACAGAGAAAUGUUUACAGAGGUCAGCAAGGCGACAGAGAAAUGUUUACAGAGGUCAGCAAGGCGACAGAGAAAUGUUUACAGCAACAGAGAAAUGUUUACAGAGGGCAGCAAGGACAGGCAACAGAGAAAUGUUUACAGAGGGCAUCAAGGACAGGCAACAGAGAAAUGUUUACAGAGGGCAUCAAGGACAGGCAACAGAGAAAUGUUUACAGAGGGCAGCAAGGACAGGCAACAGAGAAAUGUUUACAGAGGGCAGCAAGGACAGGCAACAGAGAAAUGUUUACAGAGGGCAUCAAGGACAGGCAACAGAGAAAUGUUUACAGAGGGCAGCAAGGACAGGCAACAGAGAAAUGUUUACAGAGGGCAGCAAGGACAGGCAACAGAGAAAUGUUUACAGAGGGCAGCAAGGACAGGCAACAGAGAAAUGUUUACAGAGGUCAGCAAGGCGACAGAAAAAUGUUUACAGAGGGCAGCAAGGACAGGCAACAGAGAAAUGUUUACAGAGGGCAGCAAGGACAGGCAACAGAGAAAUGUUUACAGAGGGCAUCAAGGACAGGCAACAGAGAAAUGUUUACAGAGGGCAUCAAGGACAGGCAACAGAGAAAUGUUUACAGAGGGCAUCAAGGACAGGCAACAGAGAAAUGUUUACAGAGGGCAGCAAGGACAGGCAACAGAGAAAUGUUUACAGAGGGCAGCAAGGACAGGCAACAGAGAAAUGUUUACAGAGGGCAGCAAGGACAGGCAACAGAGAAAUGUUUACAGAGGGCAUCAAGGACAGGCAACAGAGAAAUGUUUACAGAGGGCAUCAAGGACAGGCAACAGAGAAAUGUUUACAGAGGGCAUCAAGGACAGGCAACAGAGAAAUGUUUACAGAGGGCAGCAAGGACAGGCAACAGAGAAAUGUUUACAGAGGGCAGCAAGGACAGGCAACAGAGAAAUGUUUACAGAGGGCAGCAAGGACAGGCAACAGAGAAAUGUUUACAGAGGUCAGCAAGGCGACAGAGAAAUGUUUACAGAGGUCAGCAAGGCGACAGAGAAAUGUUUACAGAGGUCAGCAAGGCGACAGAGAAAUGUUUACAGAGGGCAGCAAGGACAGGCGACAGAGAAAUGUUUACAGAGGGCAGCAAGGACAGGCGACAGAGAAAUGUUUACAGAGGUCAGCAAGGACAGGCGACAGAGAAAUGUUUACAGAGGGCAGCAAGGACAGGCAACAGAGAAAUGUUUACAAAGGGCAGCAAGGCGACAGAAAAAUGUUUACAGAGGGCAGCAAGGACAGGCAACAGAGAAAUGUUUACAGAGGGCAGCAAGGCGACAGAAAAAUGUUUACAGAGGGCAGCAAGGACAGGCAACAGAGAAAUGUUUACAGAGGUCAGCAAGGCGACAGAGAAAUGUUUACAGAGGUCAGCAAGGCGACAGAGAAAUGUUUACAGAGGGCAGCAAGGCGACAGAAAAAUGUUUACAGAGGUCAGCAAGGCGACAGAGAAAUGUUUACAGAGGUCAGCAAGGCGACAGAGAAAUGUUUACAGAGGGCAGCAAGGCGACAGAAAAAUGUUUACAGAGGGCAUCAAGGACAGGCAACAGAGAAAUGUUUACAGAGGGCAGCAAGGACAGGCAACAGAGAAAUGUUUACUGAUACAAGGCGUGCUUGA